AAUACAACCAGACAACCAUCAAUACUUCUCUUUCCGACGCCGCAGAAAUUGUGAAGAACUAUUCGCGCGUAAAAACAGAAUUUCUGUUUUUUCAAGACUGCAUAUAAACCCAUCUUGAAAGAAAAGAAUUUAUCAAUAUGGAUAGUGACGCAGCUGAAGAGGCUCAAAAUGCCGGGGAUGUCAGCAACACCCUCAAUAUCGUUGCCCCUAUUGAAAUAAGCUCUGAUUCGGAUUCCGACUGUGAUUCGAUGACCUCGAGCGACUCCGACUCGAAAUCGCUGGUUAAGGAAAAACAGGAGCUGGAGUUGAAGGCAGAGUUUGACAAAUUUUCAAAAUAUAGCAACUUAACGUACCGCCAAGUGAUGCGGAUGAGCGAGAUUGCCUACACACUAAAUGAUUACGAUUCGAUUCUGCAGGCUGCUGUGCAGUUCAAAAAGAUUGCCAUCAUGCCACCUGAGCUAUGGCGCAAAUACCUGCGCGUUCGUCUCCUGGUUACCCAUUCUCCCGAGGAGCACGUUGCAUUCGAAGAGGAUUGCGCCGAAGCCUUGAAUUCCUAUUAUGAUGUUGAUUUGGCCAAUAUGAUCUGCAACUAUAUGUGUGCCCAGAAGAACAUCGACAACAUCUCGUUGUGGUCGUCGCUGCUGUCCAAGUACUCCUUGGAGAAUCCUGAUUUUAUAGAGAAAUUGCGUGAGCUCUUGGUCUCUGCGGCAAAUGCAGACAAAAAUACCGAAGCCAUUAAAGCGGUGAUGGAGACUCGCUGCAUCAACUGGAACUCGAAUGAUGCAAAGUGUACGGAGUUGGCUGAGCUUUUGGAUCAGUACAAGAAGAAGCUGAGCACCCUCAUACGUGAUGCUCGUGAGAAUGUCGAAUGGGAGUGCUUCUCCCCGGUGCACAUUCUGCAGCUGGAGGAAAUCAACAAUAUGGACUACCCCGACGAGAUUCGCGAUGCUCUUGGUUGCACAAUCUUUGAAAUAACCGUCUCGAAUUUUCCGCCAGUCGAAAGGGUUUGGCUCGACUACAUAAACUACGCCAACAAGAGUGUUAAGCGACCCACAGGCGGCUACCAGAUAAGCAGCCCCCUGGAACUGGCCAAGCGCGCUGCGAUGAGCACAUACAGCAGGCUGGUGAACCACAAGCUCAUCCAUUUGAUGGAGACCGAAGGCUGCAGCGUUCAGGAGGUGGAUAACGUGCUGGAGGGCAUCUUUCACAGGCUGGAAAUCAACACAAAGGCGACGGUGGAGCUGCAUUUGGACUACUUGGCGUACAGGGUACGCCACUGCGAUAUAUCGGACAUGGAUCAGUGCACACAGUUGCGCCAGAGAUUCGAUGGCGCGUGGAACAUACUCUCCGAUUUGUACGGCGAGAAGGCCGACACCAGCUACGAGGUGCUGCAGCUCUAUGCCCAAGUAGAGUAUUCCAAACUAUUGAACCCAGCACUGGGAUACAAAGUCUGGGAGUACAUCAUGUCUUUCGAGGACAGCCAGCGAAGCGGUUACCUUUGGAUGACGUGGGCCCAGAUGGAGUCCGAAUAUAAUGGCGGUGUUCGUUGUCGCGAGAUUUUGAAUCUGGCCCUCGGUCAGCCCGUCCUGAAGGAUGGCCACUUUGUUCUCGAACAAUAUCGUCGCUACGAGCGUUGCCAUGGCGACUACAAGUCCAUAACCACAUGCCAGAAGAUAGAACUGCCGCCAGAGCCCCACUGGCAUCAGCAUAGGCGUGAGCAGCCAAGAGAGAGAAAACCAAUGCGGACAUCGCAGCCACCAUCGCGAGCCCAAGCAGCAGCAGCACCACGUGCCAAUGCAGCAGCAGGUGCACCACGUGCCAAAGAAGCAGCUGCCCCACGUGCCAAAGAAGCCGCAGCACCACCACCACCAGGUCUCAAGUAUUCAACGGAACUGGAAAAAACCAAAGUGUUUGUCAAGAACAUUCUGCCAAAUGUCACAGCAGAAACGCUUAAAGAACUCUUUGCCACCUGUGGCACGUUGAAGGAUGUUCGGAUUGUGCACAAAAAGCUACCACUCCUCAGUCGGCAGUACAAGACACGCAAAAACAUUGCGUACAUUGAAUACGAACAGGCGGAAUCGGCCCAGAAGGCUGUUGAACAAUUGAAUGGCCAUAAUCUGAACGGAUCUGUGCUAUCUGUUGCCAUUUCUGAUCCCCCACCAAAGACGUCGAAUGUCUUGCCAGUCAAACGUCGUUUAGCGGCCACAUCGCUAAUACCGAGUGUUGUGCGCCGUGAGAUGCUGGCCAGCAAGCGUCGCAAGGUGCUGUCACUUGACACUGAGGCAGACGCGGCCCCCAAGACAGAGGACGUGGCUAUGAAUGAUGAGGAGAAAGCAGCAACGCAGCCAGAUUCCUCCAAUACACCAACGACAUCGUCGGAGAAGCCCAAGUCAAACGAAGAUUUUCGUAAAUUACUUGGCUAAAUAAAAUGAAACUAGAUUUAAAUUAGGUAUAUAAGAGAUUGUAUGAACUUUUAAUUUAAAUUUGUUUUCUAGAACAGGCGCGUCUGUGACGAUUCCUUUUUUUUUUGUUUUUUUUUUUAAAUUGUUAAAGAAGGGAAAGAAUCCCCUAACCCCCCACAGCCACCCAAAUAUACGCCAUGCGUACGGACGAGUUUAAAUGUUGUUCCCUCCCGCCCCACCAUUUCCGUGCAGCAGUAUAAACAAAAACAAAGUAAAUAAAUGUACAAAAUGUGUA